AUGGGCUCCUCCCGAAAAUCUCCCUUCAGUGGGCAUCACAAAGAACUCAAUCUCAAAAGUAAUUUUCCACAUUUUGACCGUUACUUUGUUAUCAAACGUGUUUCUGAAAAGAAUGAUACAUUUAAUUCUAUAUCACCAUUCCUCGUACAGAAAGCCAUUACAGCAACCAUUGGUGAGGUAUCUUCUAUCCGGAAGAUGCGUUCUGGUGACUUGCUGGUACAGUUAAAUUCCAAAAAACAAGCACAACAAGUUAUGAAACUUAAAGCCUUAGCCACCUUUCCCGUUACUGUCAGCUCGCAUACAUCCCUAAAUUUCUCCAAAGGAGUAAUAACGUGUGGGGAAUUAUUUAACGUUCCUCUAGAGGAGAUCUCCGAGGAACUGAAACCCCAAGGAAUAACUCAUGUACGCCAGAUCACCAUUCGGCGGGAUGGACAACUCCUACCCACCAAACAUUACGUAAUGACCUUUCAUAGACCAAAAAUACCUGAAUACCUUUAUGCAGGAUAUAUAAAAUUGCCUGUCCGCCAGUACAUCCCUAAUCCUUUAAGAUGCUUUCAAUGCCAGCGUUUUGGCCACUCCAAGGCUAACUGCCGCGGGACAUUAACAUGCGCCCGCUGA